CGUGCAGGGAGGAAGGGAGGGAUAGAGAAAGCGAGAAGCAGAGGGACUCGAUGGAAACCGUGGCAGUGUUUGGCGGAGCAAGUCCAGGCUUUCCCUCAUCCCUUCAACGCAGAAGAAGCUGCAGUAGCUUACCCUCCGCCCACCACAAGCCUAACCUACGCGCCCACCACCACCACCAACUAUCUGCAUUCCCUUCAAGCCUCCAUCUUUUCUCAUAUUUCCCAGCUCGUCCCCAUGCCAGAACCCUCUCCAAACCUCGCAUCUUUCUUCCCCACUUGGUUGCUUCACUGGAACAAGUUGAUGAGACGUACAUAAUGGUGAAGCCUGAUGGAGUUCAACGUGGCCUUGUUGGAGAGAUAAUCUCAAGGUUUGAAAAGAAGGGAUUUAAGCUGACUGGCUUGAAGCUCUUCCAGUGCCCCCAAGAUUUGGCAGAGGAGCAUUAUAAGGAUCUCAAGGGAAAGUCGUUCUUCCCCAAAUUGAUCGACUACAUUGUAUCUGGCCCCGUUGUGUGCAUGGCAUGGGAGGGUGUUGGUGUUGUCGCUGCAGCACGUAAGUUGAUUGGGGCUACAAAUCCUCUACAAGCUGAACCGGGAACUAUAAGAGGGGAUCUUGCUGUUCAAACAGGAAGGAACGUGGUUCAUGGGAGUGACAGCCCUGAAAAUGGAAAGCGUGAAAUAGCUCUCUGGUUCAAAGAAGGUGAAUUAUGUCAGUGGACACCAGUUCAAGCACCGUGGUUAAGGGAGUGAUUUCUCCAAAACUCAGUUCUAGCGAGGGACACGAUUUUGAAAGAGUUUGCUGAGCCCCUAUAUCUCUGUGGGUUAUGUAUGUGAUCUUAGACUAUUCAAUAACCCGUCAUAAACUAUCAUGUUAAAUCUGAGAUUUUGAAGCUUGAAGAAUUUUUUUCAUAUUCCUUUGGCGUUGUACCUUCACAUUCUUUCAAAUUAAAUGAUGAAUUACAAAACAAUUCCACAUA